AUGUGCAUACAGACCUACAUCCGCUGGACGAUGUGCGACUGCAUCCACUUCGGACGCAUAAACCGCUGCAAAGAGUUCGGCAUCCCAUACAACAGACGACAGCGCUGUACAAGGGAGAUCCUACGGGUAAUCAAUAUCGGCAUUAUCGGUAUACCCGAAGACCGGCUGCAGGAGAAGGCCGGAAUGUGCACGGAGUGCUCGGAGAAGUUGUAUCGGGAGAUGUGGGCGUUGCGGUGGGAAUGGACUUCUCGGCAGAGUGAGGAGUGGUUGGCGGCGCAGAAGGGGAAUUCUUGA